AUGAAAAACAUAGAUUCCAUCAAAGGUUGCAGAAUAGAUGAAAACCAUUUCGACUUAGAAAAAUAUAGCACGUUUUACUGCAAACAAGAUGUAAGAAUUUUAAGAGAAGGUUUUGUAAAGUUCCGCAAUGACUUAUUGAAAGAGUUUGAUUUAAACGUUUAUGACUACGUUAGUAUUUGUUCAAUUGCUAACAAAUUAUUUGAGAACAGAGUAUACUUCCCGAAUGGAAAUCUUUAUGACCUCUCAAAUAAACCAAGAGAAUUUAUUUCGAGAUGCAUUCAAGGUGGAAGAUGUAUGCUGUCAGAUAACAUGAAACAAAAGAGCGAAAAGAAACUCAUUGCUGACUUCGAUGCUGUUUCAUUAUAUCCCUCAGCUAUCGCGAGACUUUAUACUUUAGAAGGAAUUCCAAAAGUAUUGAAGGAUGAGAUGUUAAGCACAGAGUAUCUCAUGAGACAUUUAUUCGAUGACGACCAAAAGGAACCCAUUGGUGAAAAGUUUAUGUCCGGCUUCUUUGUUCUCAUUAAGAUAACAGAGAUUGGAAUACAUAGACACUUUCAUUUAAUAGUUUGCGACCCUGAACUAAAUCCAGAACUUAACGUUCCAAGAAGUUCAAACACUUGCUGUUUAAUGUAUGUUGACCAUAUAACAUUACAAGACCUCAUAAAAUAUCAAGGUGUCAAAUGUGAAGUGUUGCAAGGAUACUAUUACGAUGGAAACAGAGAUAUUAGAAUAAGAGAUGAAGUAAAGAAGUUGUUUGAGUUAAGGUUAAAGUAUAAGAAAGAAGGAAAUCCUUUGCAAGAAAAUAUAAAGCUCAUUCUGAACAGUAUUUAUGGCAAAACUAUUCUAUCUCCUAUUGAGUCAAAAAUAACCAUAGUAGAUGACAAAGAUGCUAUAAGAUAUGCUAUAAGAAACUACAACCAUAUAGUGAAGUUCGAAGGUUUGGAUGGUUCAGAUAAAACUAUUUUCAAGC